UGCUCAGUCCGUGUUGGAUCGCGUUAGUCGAAAGAUCGGAUUCUGGAUGGUUGUGAAAAAUUACUCGGAGCUAGAAAAUAAUAUUGGAAUUUGCAAAUAUUUACUGAAUAGAUAGUUAGUGCACGGGUAAAGUGUGGCGAACGGUGAUUGAGUGGAAGCAUCGCAAUGAUUAAACUUGGGGUGGUAGUUUUGCUUGUUAUCGGCACGUGCACUGCAGAUUUAGCUGCAUGGGACGAUGGCUCAGACUUGAAUGUUAACAGGAAUUUGAACAGUAUUAAAGGACCGCAUUUCAGUCAGCAUGAAGUAUCUGUGAAUGCAGCACGAAAAGGAGCAGCAGAACGUCUGGCACGGCUUGGUUCUGGCGUUGCAUCUAAUCCAUGUGGAACUACAAUCUGCUACAGCAAUUCAGGAUACUCUGACAACAGUGACGCCGAAACUCUUGGCCAUGGCAUUGUGGGCUUUAAUAAUGCUGGCGCAGCCGGGUCCAGCUCCAGCAGUUCGAAGUACCAGGCGAGCUCGCACCAGCAAUCUGUUGCUGGUGUAGUUCCAGUUUAUCCUGUCCAUACUAGUUCAAAGUCAAGCUAUUCCAGUGAAUCACAGCGACGAAGCUUAUCCAGUGUCAACGCUGCUCCAACAGCUAAUUACAUCAAUGCUGAUGAAGGUAUCAAAACACGAUCAAACUUUGGCACUGCUAGUGGAGCAGCUAUCGUACAGCCGAUUUCAGUCUCAGCGUAUCCGAUCGGGCAAGAAUCAUCACAAAGUAGCUUCUCCAGCGGUAGUCGUAGCUCUAAUCAAGAUGUGUACACAGUACCAGUGUACAGUGGAACAAAUGCCGAUCACACCUCCAAGUAUGUCGCUGCCUCCUCUAGUAGACAAGAUAACCAACAACGCUACUCGCCCUCUAACACCUACGUAGUAUACAGACAACCUGUUCCAGUUUACGGUCCAUUCAAUACCGGAAGUUUUGACACUUCUGCCCGUUUUGCAAAUUCAAACAACCAAGGUACUAUAUAUCCAGUGCCUGUGGUGCUACCAGCACGUAGCACUUCGAACCAGUAUGCGGCAGCUAAAGAUCAAAAAACAUAUAUCGUCCAUGGUACACAACCGGUCUACAGCGUUUCGUCUGAUCAAUCUUCCCUUGCCAACCAAAACUCCCAUGCCCAGUAUGUUCGACCAGCUUACCAACCAAUCUAUAACAAUCACCUAGCAUCUUCCCAAGAAUCUCACGUCCGUGCAUCGGAGUCAGGAUUAAAGGACAGGUUUACUCCCGUUCCAUUUGGGGCUUCUGCCUCGAAUUACGAAGAAGAAGCACGCAACGAAGAAUACAGCCGAAAGGGAAGUACCUAUGUCCGACCAGUCCCCGUGGUAACUGCGUCCUCCAACCGCGAAGAAUCGCAAGUACGCAAUGAAGAAUACAGCCGGAAAGGAAACACCUACGUCAGACCGGUCCCCGUGGUAACUGGAUCCGCUAUACGAGAAGAAGCCGAAGAACGCAACGAUGAGUACAGCCAAAAGGGAAGUGCUUACAUACCGGUUGCUCUGAAUACCGCUUCAACUGCCUCAAGAUACUCUCAGGACCAGCAACGCAUCCAGUCAGGAUCUGCCUACGUUCCAAUUCCCGUAGCAUCCGCCUCCGAGUCACACAACCAACAGAGAGAAAGCAGUUCAUCAUCGUCGCAGUACUCCGCUGCUCAACACCAGCGCCCUAGCUCCGGCGGAUGGUACUACCCUGCUGCAGGAUCGGCUGCUGCUGUCCAGGGAUCCCGCUACUCAGCUUACGAUUCGCAAAACGCAUUAAGCCAGCAGAGAGUUGGUGGUUAUGUGCCCAUCACAAACGAUGCUUUGGGACAGCGAUUCGGCGCCACGGGUUUGGAAGUUGGCGGAAGUGGCACUGAGCUGGGAUCCAUCAUGAGUGAAUCGGAACGAUUGGCGCGACUACAAGCCAAGAACGCCUACAAUGGAGCGGUGAGUGGCAGUUCGGCAAUCGAUACGGAAAAUCGGUUCGGUGGCAACAAUGACGAUACGAGCAGUGACCUGGGUGGGGGUUUCAAGCGGACGAAAUCGUGGUCCAGCAGUUCCAAGUGGGCUUCGGGUCAGAAGUAUGGCGAUGACGGUAAGAUCAAAACGUACAGUUCGUUGUCGACAGCGGAAAGUGAACAGCAUAACAUCAAUGGACAGAAGGCAGGAUACAAGGCUGCCACCACCACGCUGGAAGAUGAUGGGAAAGUUAGCACCUACAGUUUGCAUACCCAGUGAAGAGUGUUUUAGUAGUAUGUAAGGAAUUUUGUGUAAGGAACUGUUGACUGAAAUAAAUAUAUUAAAAAUGUGUCACGA